GGUCCCGCCCCUCGGAAUGACGUCACCUUUUCCUCGGAGGAACUUCUUUCUCACCUAAAGGGUAAAGGGGUUUCGCGCGUGACAGACAAGGCGCAAGCGCAGACCGCUUAGUCCAGCCCGAUCUGGUCUAUCUCUUUCGCGCUCGGACGCUGCUUGCUCGAUGCACCUGCAGCCGGAAGGGUGCUUCGAGAUCUGAGUCCGCACUGCCUCUUCCCACUCGUUUUACAGUGGAAGUAACUGAGUUGGGGGGGAGGGGGGAGGAGAAGGAGGAGACGGUGACCAACCCAUGGUCACGCAGCCGGGCUUGGGCCUGAGCGUCCCCAUGAUGGGGCGGGGAUGUGAGCUUCUCCCUGUCUGGAUGCACCCUGUUUUACAUAGGAGGAAACUGAGUCCCACGUGAUUCUGAGGUCAGCCCCCAGGCUCGGGCUCCGACUGGCCUGACCGACAUGCACUUGAUUAUUGCCAACCGCGUGCUGAGAAUCCAACCACAACAUCAAACGAGCCCUUAUUAACUGCCUCCUGUGUGCCUGUCAUUGUACUGAGCGAUAGAGACUCAAAGAAACAACAGUGAAGGUCCCUGCUCUCGGGCCUUACAACCUAAAGUCCAAACUAAAUAUUUUCGGGGUAGGUGGGAGGUGAUUUCACAGGGAAGGUCCUUACCUUAAGGGGACUGGAAAAGGUUUUUGUAGAAGGCAGCAUUUCUGGCUGGGACUUGGAGAGAAUAUUUAGUUCAGCAGUCAGAAUUCAUGGAAUGAAAAACUAAACCGGCCCCAAAGGGGUUUAUGUUCUAUUGAAUACCAACAGUAUCUAAGUAGAACAAAAUAAAAAGUAAAUUCAAGAUAACUUGGAGGGAGGGGCAGCUAGGUGGCGCAGUGGGGAGAGCACCAGCCCUGAAGUCAUGAGGACCUGAGUUCAAAUCUGCUCUUAGACACUUAACACUUCCUAGCUGUGUGACCCUGGGCAAGUCAUUUAACCCCAAUUGCCUCAGCCAAAAAACCAAACAAACAAACCAAAAAGAACAAGAUAACUUGGAGGGGUGAGGGUAGAAAUCAAGAAAAUCCUUACUUAGGAGAUAACUGGUACACAGACUUGAGGGAGGUAUAGCUCAGGAAUAGGGGAGAGCCUGUCUUAAAGGCAUAGAAAGGGAAAGCACUGAGUACAUCUUGGCUAAAAUGAUACAGUGUAUGAAGGGGAAGAAUCGUGACAAUAAAUCUGGAAUGAGCCAAAUUGUGAAGGCUUCAAAUGUAGUUUCAAUCUAUUGUCUAAGAAAAGUUCACAGGAUCUCCUGUGUUAGAAAAGAUCCUGUAUAUAGUCCCAUCCAUAAUUAAGAAGGAAUCUUUCUAGAGCAAUAGAAACAAGUGGACAGCAUUCUUUUUAAUAGCUUGUUGGCCUUGUGAAUAAAAUGAUUAAAUUGUCCCCAAAAAAAGAAAGAAAGAAAAGAAAGAAACAAAUGGUCAGAUCUCCCUCCAAUCUCUACUUGAAGAGCAAAGCUCUUCUGUGGGAGAGCUCACUGCUUUAUGAGGUAAUUUUUCACCUUUGUUGGUAGUUAUAUUGAGCUUCUGUGUUUUUCUGCAAGCUUUUGCUCAGCAUUCAGAAACUAAAUAGAACAAGACUGAUCUCAUGACCAAUAUUUAGAAAGAUGGAUAAAGCACUUACUAUGUGACAAGCACUGUGUUAAAUACUGAGUGUAGUAAAUGCAAUUCAAGCAAAAAAUUCCUAUUUUUACAUGCUAAUGGGAAUGACAAAAAAUAAAAGGGAUGAAAGAUAGGUGGAUACCCAAUUUUAUAUGGAGUGGGGGAGAAGAGGAAGCAGGAACCAAGUCUUAAGUUCCUAUAGCUAACCUGAAUGCUUCCUGAAAUGGAGGAUUAGAGUAGUCACUAAUAAUUUGGAGUCUGCUACCAUCCCUAAUUUAAACUUUUUCUCCAGAGCUAAGCAUCAGUAAUUUUUCCAGUCUUCCUAUAGUAUCUAUUUAAGCCACUUCACCUUCCUGGUGGCUCUCCUGUGAAAGUUUUAGCUCAUUAAUAUUUUUCCUAAAAUGUAGUAAGUACCCAAAAUUGAAAUCAGUAUUUUAGAUCAGGGAUUAUCAACCAGAGGUCCACAUACACUCAGGGGAUAUAAGAAAUUUCUCAAGGGGGAAUGUUAUGGGAAAUAUUUGGUAAGUAACUAUGGUAUACUGUUGAAAUUAAUUAAUCUCUUUAUUUUUUAUUUGUGUUAACGUAGGGUAGCUGGGUGGCACAGUGGAUAAAGUGCUGGUUGGGCCUGAAAUCUUCCUAUGUUCAAAUCCAGCCUCAGACACUUACUAGCUGGGUGACUCUGUUUGCCUCAGUUCCUCAUCUGAGGAAUGAACUGGAGAAGGAGAUGGCAAACUAUUCCAGUACCUUUGUCAAGAAAACUCCAAAUGGGGUCACAAAGAGUUGAACAUGACUGAAACAACUAUUAACACAAGAUAUAUGUAUAAUAACCCUGCAUGACUGGGAUGCUGGACAACUUCUACCUGCUGCUGAGAGACCCUUAACUAAGGACCUAGGACUGACUGACUAGUUUCAACAUCCUUCAGAGCAAACUAAGAUCUGACACCUGAAAAGAUCCUAGAACACUGAAAAGACUUUCAGAGCUGGAAAGCAUGAGGAGGCUGAAACUUCUGCUUUUCCUGAUACAUUGUGGAGUCACAAGGGCCAUUCCAGGUCAAUUCUGGCACAUCUCGGACCUGCACCUUGACCCAGAUUAUGAUGCCUCCCGUGAUCCUCUCCAAGUGUGUCCAUCAGCAGGUUCCCAGCCUGUGUCCAAUGCAGGUGUGUGGGGGAAUUAUCUCUGUGAUGCUCCCUGGAUCCUCAUCAACUCUUCCAUUUAUGCCAUGAAGGCAAUCUUGCCCAGCCCGGACUUCAUUCUCUGGACCGGCGAUGACACGCCUCACGUCCCUAAUGAGAAACUGGGAGAAGAAGCCGUGUUGAAAAUAGUGAAACGCUUGACGGAGCUCAUUCAAUUAGUAUUCCCAGAUACUAAAGUCUACGCUGCUUUGGGAAACCAUGAUUUCCAUCCCAAAAACCAGUUUCCAGCUGGAAGCAACAAUAUAUACAACCAAGUAGCAGAAUUGUGGAGGCCGUGGCUCAAUAAUGAAUCGAUCUCUCAGUUCAAAGAAGGAGCUUUCUAUACAGAGAGAUUGCCUGGGCCAAACAGGACUGGGCGGGUCGUAGUUCUCAACACCAAUCUGUACUACAGCAGCAACGAGCAGACAGCCGACCUAGAUGACCCCGGGAGCCAGUUUCAGUGGCUGGAUGAUGUGCUGACCAAUGCAUCCAGAGAAGGAGAAAAGGUGUAUGUUAUUGGCCACGUGCCUCCUGGCUUCUUUGAGAAGACCCGAAGCAAAGCCUGGUUCCGGCCCAGCUUCAAUCACCGCUACAUGGAAAUCAUCAGGAAGCACCAUGGUGUGAUAGCCGGCCAGUUCUUUGGUCAUCACCACACUGACAGUUUCCGGAUGUUUUAUGAUGACAAAGGCAGCCCCAUAAGUGUCAUGUUUCUAGCUCCUGGGGUGACUCCCUGGAAAACAACACUUCCUGGGGUGAACAAUGGAGCUAAUAAUCCCGGGAUCCGAGUCUGGGAUUAUGAUCCAGUCACUCUACAACUUCAGGACAUGGUGACUUAUUAUUUAAACCUCACCCAGGCCAACCUGCAGGCCCCAAGGUGGGACCAAGAAUACCGACUGACAGAAGCCUUUCAGGCCCGGGACGGCUCAGCAGCCUCCAUGCAGCAGGUGCUGGACCACAUCACGCGGGAUAACCGGGCCCUGCAGAGAUACUACCAGUACAACUCUGUCAGUUAUGACUUGGACCCUUGUGACCAGGACUGCCGGGCAGAGCACCUGUGUGCCAUGAGGGAGGUGGACUUUGCAAACUAUGAAAGGUGCAUCAAGGUGGCGGGCUCCGCUUGUGGCCUGUCAGGGCCCCUGCUCUUCCUCUGCCUGAUGAUGGGGCUUCACUUGAUCCGAGCCCUGGCUCCUCAGUAGAAGAGAAGCAUUGUGGGGAGAGGGCCCAGAGCAGACACAAGCUGAGGCCGAAAGCUGCAGGGCUGCUGGGGAGUCAGGGGCACGUGUGGAAAGAGCAGUGGACUGAGAAAGCCCUUCGACCCUGGCCCUCCCCCCUCCCAAUCCCCUCUCCAGUAAUCUGCCAUUCAGGGACAGGGCUCUCCUUGCAGUACCUCAAAGAAGGGAGGAUUUAUUCAGCUCCUCUGUGUGCCUACCAUGUGAGUGACUAUUGUGCUAGCCCUUGACACAUCUUCCAUUUGAUCCUCACAACCACCCUGGGCGGGAGGCGUUAUUAUUCCCAAUUAAAAGGAGACUAAGCAGACAGAAGUAAAUCGGGCCCACUCAGCUAAUAAGUGUCUGAGGCAGGUUUGAACCUCAGGGCUUCCUGACUGCAGGCUUCAACCCAGAGGCCAGGACCCUGCCUGGGCCCUUUUCUGGACUCCAGGCUUUGGCUCUGUGCCUUAAGCCUGAAAACCUCUUCCUCUUCUCCACUUCCGGCUGUCCCUAGCUUCCUUCAGAUCUCAGCCAAAACGGCAUCUUUGGGGAAAGUCGUGUCUUGUUUGCCUCCAGGGCCUUUUAUCUUCUGAUUCCCAGGCUUAAGCCUGCGGGCCUGCACAUAGUAGGUGUUUAAUAAAUGCUUGUGGAUUUGACUGAC